CAUGAAGUGGACGGUGUUGCAUACAUCAUUUAAAAUUAAGACGACCAGUUUGUUGUUUACAAAUAUUUUACUAAAUUUUAAUAGUCCUUCGUGUGUCAAAGCCAAAGGUGUUGUAUGUCGACAAUACGAUGGCGUUGAUCGAUGCUGUACCAAUUACAGACAAGAGCGAGGAAUCUGCAUUCCUUGUAUAGGAUCCUUUGGUAUCAACUGCUCUGGUGGUAUUUGUGUGGAAGGAUUCUAUGGGUUCGGCUGUAGAGAGAAAUGCAACUGCACCAUACACGAAGUAUGCGACCACAGAAUAGGGUGUCGAAAGAAAGUCUCUGAACUUUCUAGCAUUACAACAGCUGCGGCGACCUCGUGUAUGGCUGUGAUUAUCACUCUAGGUGGAGUCAUCCUCUGUCUCUUUAUAUUGUUGCUGGCCGUUGUCUUAAGAAGUAAAAUAUUGCUCAACUGCUUGAGUAUCCAUAGAACUCAUCAAAGGGAGAAUACCAGUAGUACCGACACAAGAUCGCAGAAUUAUGAAUCAGCUGAUAAUCAGACAUAUGUUGAGUGUGACCCAGAAAGUGUGACUGAGGUUAGAUACCCAGAAAAUCAAUUCGAAUACUCUCAUCACAGUGAGGUAACUUCCGGGUCGUAUGUGUCACCAGUGUUGCCGCAUCGUGUAUUGGUUCAGAUGUCUUUAAAAGAAGAGUUUGAAAAGAACAGAAAGAGGACUGGAAUUCUACCUUUAAUUUCACAGAGAAAUCUUUUAUUGCAUAACACAAGCCACGAAAGUGGUUAUCUCUCUGCUAUUCAAAGACAACAAAACUGUAAGAAUGGAGAAGAGUCUCAUUAUGCAGAUGUUGAAGAACCAUAAUUUAUGCACCGUUCUUUAAAAAUCUGUUUAGAUGAAUAUAAAAACGUGAAGAAUUGUGACCCCUUUCUCAGAACCAUUGUUUCAGCAAACCUAGUCUAUACAGUAGAAGAUUGCUUUCAUUUUAUUUGUCUGUGAAGAGAGUCUUUGAAGAAAAUAUGAUAUUUUUCUCUUUGUCUUCAUUCACACACUUCGAUUUGUCAAUUUUAACAGAUUGAAAAGUAUAUUGACGAUAAUGACAACAAUGACAAAGAAGUGAAUAGUCGGAAUUGCGCUCAUUUUCCUUGAAAUGUGACGUUUCUCAAUGAAAUAUACAUACAUGUAUUUUGGAAUUUGGAUUGCGAAAUUAGAUAUUUCCCGGUAUUUACACAACAUUUCUAAGUUUAGCUCACAGUAUAUUGAAAAGAAAAAUGUUUUACAGUCGAUGUAUUUUUUAAUGCUUUGCUAUGCCUUGUAAAUUUACAUGUAAUAUGUAAGAGAAAGAAGAAAAUACUGACUUCAAAA